AGCUGCAUGUGGUUGGUGUUGACUCCAGGUCCCCAUGUCAGGGAAAACACCCCCUCGUACCUGUGCUGCAGGGAGGGCACGGGGCUGCAUGUGCCCAGAUGCAGGCGGUGAUGCUCUGUCCCACUGGCUGCUGCAUGGGGCCGCUUAUGGCCCUCCUGCGUAUAUCCUGGCCAGCACGGGGACCUUACUCACACCACUGCUGCCUGUGGAAGCACAAAGGCAGCUGCAGGACCCCACAGUGAUGUGGUGGCCUCUAGAGUGCAGAGGGAGUCCCCGUUUGGGGUCACUCCUGUCCCUGUGGGGACCCUCUCCUCAUGGGCACAGUCAGAGCCCCAGCCCCUGCUCAGGGACAUGCAGCACCCAGGCAGGCUGGCUCCCCUCGGUGGCAUGCAGGCAGUGAGCCCCGUGGUGGGGCUGCGUGACGCCAGCAGCGGAGACAAGCCUCAUAUUUGGGCACGAAGCAGGUUAUUGGAGGCUGGGACCCGGCAGGCGGCUGAUAACCCUGCUGAUAGCGGCUCCCACCGUACCUCGCCAUCCCCAUUGGCUCCUGCCAGCAGGGGCUGCCUAUAUCUCCCCCUCCCCAUCCUGGGCUGCAGGCUGUGCAUGUGGGGCACGAUGGUGCCUGCCAGGGUGCUGGGGCUGCUGCUGUGCGUGCUUGUCUGCAUGGGCAGCGAGGAGCUGCGGCUGGUGGAUGGCGGUGGGCGCUGUGCCGGUCGCGUGGAGGUGAAGCACAAAGGCGAAUGGGGCUCCGUCUGCAGCUACGACUUCGACUGGGACAUACGAGGGGCGGGCGUGGUGUGCCGCCAGCUGGGCUGUGGCACUGUGGCCCAUGCGUCCCCAUACGCCCCAUUUGGGCAGGGCAAGGGACGCAUCUGGCUGCAUCCCUUCUGUCGCGGCACAGAGUCCAUCUUGCAGAACUGCCCCAACUUUGGCUGGGGGAAUCACUACUGUGGCCAUGAGUGGGAUGUUGGGGUGAUCUGCACAGAGGCGCUGGAGCUGCGGCUGGCAGACGGUCGGGGACCCUGCGAUGGGAGAGUGGAGGUGAAGCUGCGGGGACGCUGGGGCACAGUGUUUGACGAUGCUUGGGACAUGGAUGAUGCUGAGGUGGUGUGCCAGCAGCUGGGCUGUGGCUCGGCUGCAAGCACGAAGUUUACCUGGCGAAUUUCACAAGUUAGCAGUCCUGUAAUGUUGGUCCGUGUCAACUGCAAUGGGACCGAGAAAGCCAUCUGGGACUGCAGCAUUCAGGGUUGGGGUCCCUACAGUGCCCUUCUUGAUUAUGACACCUCUGUGGUCUGCCAAGGGUUCUCCCGGCUGGCCGGAGGGGACAGCGAGUGCUCUGGGAGGCUGGAGGUGCGGCAGGGCCAGGCCUGGGUCACCAUCUGCCAUGGCCAUGUGGACCUCAUGGCUGCCCAGGUCGUCUGCAGGGAGCUGGGCUGUGGUACUACAGUGGCCCUACCCGGAGCUGGGCAGUUUGGAGCAGCAGCACUGCCGUUCUGGGAUGGCGCCUUCAAGUGCAACGGCACCGAGCCCCUCCUUUCUGCUUGCACACAGCAGCCUCCUCACAUUGAGACCUGCACCCAUGCUGCUACAAUCAUCUGCUCCCCUUACACCAAGUUCCAGCUGGUGGACGGAGGCUCAAUCUGCACAGGGCGAGUGGAGGUGGAGGCACGAGGGGUGUGGGGACCCCUGUGUGCCACUGCCUGGGACAUGCCUGAUGCACACAUCCUCUGCCACCAUCUGGGCUGCGGCUCUGCCAUCUCCCUGCCCCCACCCGGCCAUUUUGGGAUGGGAACAGGGAUGCCACGGAGCGAUGCCUUCAGAUGCAGUGGGAGCGAGCGGCACCCGGGCCAGUGCCCCGUGGAGGUGCUGGGGCAGCCUGCCUGCCCCCCCGGGCACACUGCAGCCGUCAACUGCUCAGGUGUCGCCGAGCCCCUGCGGCUGCACGGUGGGGAGAGCCGUUGUGACGGGCGCCUGGAGGUGGCCGUGCGCCCCGGAGUCUGGGCCCGUGUGCCUGUGGGGCUGUGGGACAACGGCACUGCCACCGUGGUGUGCCGGCAGCUGGGCUGCGGUGUGCCUGAGAAAAUCCAUGCUGCGCCGGCCAAUGGCUCGGGCCCCAUAGAGCUGCAGGAGCUGCGCUGUGUUGGCACCGAGGAGCUCCUGGCACAGUGCAAUGUAACACGGAUGGCCACAGAGCCCAGCAAGAGCCCCGAGGAGUUGGCCAUCGCCUGCUCAGGUGAGUGCACUGGGUAAGGGCCACAGGCAUCACGCUGCCAUCCCCAUCCUCAGCCUGACAUUCCCACGCAGGAAGCAAGCAGCUGAGGCUGGUGGGCGGCCCCGGGCGCUGUGCUGGCAGGGUGGAGGUAUACAGCGAAAGCACCUGGGGCACCAUCUGCCAGGACUCCUGGACCCUGCAGGAUGCCACUGUUGUCUGCCGCCAGCUGGGCUGCGGAUGGGCCCUGGAGGCUCCUGGCUCCGAGCGCUUUGGGCCUGGCACUGGGACGCUGUGGCUGGGUGCUGGGGGCUGCGCUGGGGCAGAGGAGGCUCUCUGGCACUGCCCGGCCCCUGUGCAGCGCGGCUGCCGGCGUGG